AUGCAUCUGUAUCUGGCGUCCAGCGACCGUGAAUAUGUGGACCUUUCAGCCAUGGCCCUUGAACUUCAGAAGUUACACAGAAUGGAGUACGGCAGAAGAAACAAGACAGCUUUCAGGAUCCAAAUAGAGAAAGUGUAUGAAGCAAUCAUGAAGGAAUCUGGGCUGAAUUAUCUGGAGAGCAAGCACUUGUCUAAGAGAGCCAAGCACAGCCGCAACGACAAUGGUGAAGGCAGCAGCAGCAGCUCAGCGGAGUCAUCUGACACUGAACAUAUUCAGGAAAACACUCCCAUCAACCACAUGAACAGCUCUGUUACAUCUCUGUAUCGGAAGGGAAACCCUGACUCCAUUACCUGCUCACCCAGGAGAGAUCAGCCUUCUGCAAGCAGUGAUGUCAGCACAGCCACCCCCCCUCCCAGUGCAGGCACUGUGGUUUCCACAGGAGGCUGGUUCAUUGAUAAAGGGAGGGGCCCAGAGAAAAGCAACAUCCUCAUUGACCUGUGUGAUGAGGAGCCAAAAAGUGGAGCAACAAAUCAGACAGACGUGUCCAUGCUGGAGCCUGAGAAAUCUCACAGGAAGUCUAAAAAAAGGGCAAAGAGCUCAACUGAGACAGCCGAGCCUCAAACCUUGGCCAAAAAAGCUAAAUCCAAGUUACCUGAGCUGCAGUAUCCGACUCUGAAGUUUGACGAUGUAGGAGGUAAUGAAGACACAUUAACGGAGGUGUGUAAGCUGCUGAUCCACAUGCGUCACCCAGAGGUGUACCAACAUCUGGGAAUGGUUCCUCCAAGGGGCUUCCUCCUCCAUGGACCUCCUGGUUGUGGAAAGACAUUGCUAGCCCAGGCUGUGGCUGGUGAGCUGCAGCUGCCCUUGCUAAAGGUGUCUGCUCCGGAGCUGGUGUCUGGAGUGUCCGGAGAAUCUGAACAGAAACUCAGAGAGCUGUUCGACUUGGCUGUGAGCUCCUCUCCAUGCAUCCUGUUCAUAGAUGAAAUAGACGCCAUCACCCCUAAGAGAGAGGUGGCCUCUAAAGACAUGGAGAGGAGGAUUGUAGCCCAGCUGCUAACAUGCAUGGAUGACUUGAACAGUCUGACCGUGACAGCUCAGAUCCUGGUCAUCGGCGCCACCAACAGGCCAGACUCCCUGGACCCUGCCCUCCGCAGAGCUGGACGCUUUGAUAGAGAGAUCUGCCUGGGGAUCCCUGAUGAAGCAGCUCGUCUCAGAGUCACCAAAGUGCUGCUCAUUUGGCCUUUAAAUGACUUUCCUUUUUAUUUUCUGUUUCCAUGUAUUGUCCUGAUGCAUUGUGUGCUGGUUCAGCAGGGGGAGUUGUGUCACCUCCUGCACCUGCUAAAGUCCACUGACACACUGUCAGAGGAAGAGCUGGACAGCCUGUCCAUCCUUAUGUCAGACUUCCAGGCCUCCUUGUCCAGUAUCCAGCCCUCAGCCAAGAGGGAGGGCUUCGCCACUGUGCCUGACGUCACCUGGGAGAAUGUGGGGGCCCUGCAGGAUAUCAGAGAGGAGCUCACGAUGGCCAUACUGGCGCCUGUGCGUUCUCCUGAACAAUUCAAAGCGCUGGGUCUCAGUGCUCCAUCUGGAGUUUUGCUGGCUGGACCUCCAGGAUGUGGAAAAACACUGCUUGCCAAGGCAGUGGCCAAUGAGUCAGGCCUCAACUUCAUCUCUGUCAAGGGACCAGAGCUGCUCAAUAUGUAUGUUGGAGAGAGUGAACGAGCUGUCAGACAGGUCUUCCAGAGGGGACGCAACUCUGCUCCAUGUGUCAUCUUCUUUGACGAGAUUGAUGCUCUGUGUCCUCGUCGCUCAGGCCAUGAGUCAGGAGCCAGUGUGCGGGUGGUCAACCAGCUGCUCACAGAGAUGGACGGCUUAGAGAGUCGACGACAGGUCUUCAUAAUGGCUGCUACAAACAGACCAGAUAUUAUUGACCCUGCCAUUCUGAGGCCAGGUCGCUUAGAUAAAACCCUGUAUGUGGGCCUGCCACCUCCAACAGACCGCCAUGCCAUCCUGCUUACUAUUACUAAGGGGGGGACCAAACCUCAACUGGAGCAGGAUGUCAGUCUUGAAGAGAUCUCCUUUGAUAAGCGCUGUGAUUGCUUUACUGGGGCUGACCUGACUGCAUUAGUGAGAGAAGCAUCUGUUAAUGCCCUGAGGGCCUACCUCAAGUGCCAGAAUCCUCCAGCUUCCUCCUCUGGUCACACAUGCUCCGCUGGGUCUGUCGCUCACAUCAGAGUCAGUAAACAGAACUUUGAGGAUGCCUUCAAGAAAGUUAGACCAUCUGUGUCCAAAAAGGAUCAACGGACAUAUGAGGAGCUCAGAGAGUCCCUCAGCAGAUAACUACAGCUGACUUCACCAGCAGUUCCCCUUUUAAUUAUCCAUAAUUAUGCUAGUAGUCAUAUACACAUUUUCUAUAGUUGAAUACUGCUUUCUUCUUUAAUAAUAAAAAGUGUGUGGAAAACAAAAAUAAAUAAAUCUGGUGUGUUUUCUGAUAAAA